AACUAGGGUUUUAGCACUCCUUCUGCGCAGUCGUCUCUGGUAGAGCUCACAGUCCAACCCAGAAAUCGCAGAAAUGGUGAAGGGACGCCAAGGAGAGCGAGUCAGACUCUACGUCAGGGGAACUGUCCUCGGCUACAAGAGGUCCAAGUCGAACCAGUACCCGAACACCUCACUGAUUCAGAUCGAGGGAGUGAACACCAAGGAGGAGGUUGGAUGGUACGCCGGGAAGCGAUUGGCGUAUAUCUACAAGGCUAAGGUGAAGAAGAAUGGGAGCCACUACCGCUGCAUUUGGGGAAAGGUUGCGAGGCCUCACGGUAACACCGGUGUUGUUCGUGCUAAGUUCACCUCCAAUUUGCCCCCCAAGUCCAUGGGUGCUCGUGUGAGGGUAUUCAUGUAUCCCAGCAACAUAUGUGGCGUUAGUGGUGAUGGCACAAAGCAAUUGAGCAAGUCAGUACAUCUUUGUUUUUCAAGGGGAUAUACAAGUACUACUACUUGUUCACCAUCAUCAACCACAACAAGGUUUAGAAGACUUGAGAAGUUUGGUUAUAGGGCUAGAGCAGCAGAAAGUCAUGGAAGUUUGGGGGCACUAGAUGAGGGUCAAUCAAGUACCUUGCCAGAUAACAAGCCGUCCGAUUCGGACCCAUCAGCGAUGAAGGGGAAGAGCCGCUUGUUCACGAUCGGGUUGGUCACGGCUUGGUACUCAUCCAACAUUGGCGUUCUGCUGCUGAACAAGUACUUGCUGAGCAACUAUGGCUUCAAGUACCCGAUCUUCCUCACCAUGUGUCACAUGACGGCGUGUUCGCUUCUCAGCUAUAUAGCAAUUGCGUGGAUGAAGAUGGUGCCGAUGCAGACCAUUCGAUCCCGGGUUCAGUUUCUGAAGAUCACGGCGUUGAGUUUGGUGUUCUGUGUUUCUGUUGUGUUUGGGAACAUUUCGCUGAGGUACUUGCCGGUGUCGUUUAAUCAGGCUAUUGGGGCAACCACGCCGUUCUUCACUGCCGUUUUCGCUUACUUUAUGACAUUGAAGAGGGAGGCUUGGCUGACUUACCUGACGCUUGUGCCGGUGGUUACUGGGGUCAUCAUUGCCAGUGGGGGUGAACCAAGUUUCCAUUUAUUUGGAUUCUUAAUUUGUAUCGCAGCAACUGCUGCCAGGGCACUUAAGUCGGUACUACAAGGGAUUUUGCUUUCUUCUGAAGGGGAGAAGCUGAAUUCGAUGAACCUUCUAUUAUAUAUGGCUCCGAUAGCUGUUGUCUUCCUACUACCUGCUACACUUAUCAUGGAAGAUAAUGUUGUGGGGAUAACACUGGCUCUUGCAAGAGAUGAUGUGAAGAUCAUAUGGUAUCUGUUAUUCAAUUCAGCAUUGGCAUAUUUUGUAAAUCUGACCAACUUUUUGGUCACAAAACACACAAGUGCUCUGACUCUUCAGGUACUAGGAAAUGCCAAGGGAGCUGUAGCUGUGGUUGUUUCAAUAUUAAUUUUUAGAAAUCCUGUUUCUGUGACCGGAAUGAUGGGUUAUUCCCUCACAGUCUUCGGAGUCAUUCUAUACAGUGAAGCGAAGAAACGAAGUAAGUGAUAUCUUCAUUAUGGGAAAGCAUCAAAUGAAAUUUCCUACAUUUUGUUCUUCAUACUACGAGACACAGCGGUGGCCUUACCGGAAUCUGGAGGCAAGUUAUGGCUACAAGCUAGCAGUUGUUGCCGGGAUUUUGCCUCCAAAACAUCUAUUUUUUUGCCUGGAAGCUUGAAGUGGAUUCCAUUUGUAUCAGCAACAACGCAGGAAUAGUCAAAAAGUAGGAAAUUCAAUAAGUGACUCAUAUGUCUCUGUUAGUCCCAGCUUGGGGGUUAUGCAGGAAUAUAUUUUUAUCUUUUUAUUCUUUUAAGUAAAGGGUUGUAGAAUUGGUUCUUACACAAUCAGUCUGUUAUUAACAUUUCAUAUAUUGAUUAAUUAAUGGAAAACAUUCAUAAAUUCACUA